UAGAGUACCCAUGAGUCAAUGCGUAUGCAAAUCAAAUGUUUUCCGCCAUGACCUUCUUGAGCGCAGCCGCGUUACGUGAUCGGCGUACAAAUCCUUAACGUCACGUUUGCAAACAGGUCAUUUACCGUUACGUUAGGUAGACAACCCGGUCCCUCCGAUAUUAGCUCACGCCGUUGUCGUUAAGGAUUAGUAACGUUUUAAGAUAACAACCCUCCCAUUCGUCUAGUGGAUCUUCGAAAUACAUUUCUCAGCCUUGUUUCGGACGUUCAACCUUGCCAAACAUUUCAACAUGGCGGAAUCCAAACUUCUGAAUCGGCUCUCAGAAGACUUCCUCGAGUGUCAGAUCUGCCUGCAGCCCUACCGCCGGCCCAAGGUACUGUCUUGUCUUCAUUCCUUCUGCCAGCAGUGUCUUGAAGAGCUUUUGAAGAAACAAAAGGUCAAAACCGAGCUAGAUUGCCCCACCUGUCGCAGCAAGACUUUACUUCCGGGUGGCGGGGUCGCGGGACUGAAAGAUAAUUUCUUCGUGGAGAGCCUGAAGGACACGGUUGACGUCCACAAGAAGCUGACUAAUGAAGGAGAGAGUCUUGUCUGUGGGAGCUGUGAGACCAAGUCAGGAGCGGAAUCCUUCUGUACGGAAUGUGGCUUCUUUUUAUGUGACGAAUGUGUAGCAAUUCACCGUCGUUUGAAGGUUACUAGAGGUCACCAGGUGAUCGGUGUAGAGCAGCUCAAGGCCGAAUCCGACACCGUGAAGAUUAAGCCUCGCCCCCUGCCACCGUGUAGGAUCCACUCACAGGAGACUCUAAAGCUAUUUUGUAUUGACUGUAGCGAGGCUAUUUGUCAGAUUUGCACCGUUCUGUCCCACAAGGACCAUAAGUACGAGUAUUUCGCUGACACAGCUGUGAAAGCAAAAGAAAAUAUACUCGACCUUCUUGCGAAAACAGAGAUAAAGAUGCUGGAUCUUAAGAAUGCUGAAAAACAGGCACACACACAGAAGACAGAGUUGGAGAAAAAUGUGACCGAAACUAUCGAGAAGAUCAGGAGGAAAGCAGAGAAAACUAGACGGCAGUUGUUAACACUUGUCAAUCAACAAGAAGCCGCGUUACUGGACUGUGUUAACACGGUGAGCCAGACCCGGAGUAAGGAGUUCUCCACCGCUAUAGAAGAGAUAGAAACGGCGACUGUGGCGUUAGAGAGCGCGGCAGAGUUCGGACGGAACAUCGUGGAACACGGGUCAGAGUUUGACAUUAUGGCGGACAGUGGAGACGUGAACAGUAGACUUAAGAAACUGUUACAGAUAGAGCUUGCAGACAUCACAGAGAAGUUACCUGCGAAGGCCUACAUCACUUUUGAGGAGGACGAGACGUCAGACAUGGGAAAGCCUCGCCUGGGAGAAGUUAGGACAACGCAGCCGGAUUCAGGUUUCCGUACUGCCCGUUUCACGACCCUCGGUACGACCGGCCGUCUGGGCCCGACCAGCCUGGGGACCCACUACCGCGGACAGGACCACGAGGGGCUGGUGCAGCUGAAGGACGGGAUUCAGUACUUCACUGUACCAGAUACCUAA